CAGAGAAGAGGCCGAUAGAUCUGGGUUUUGUCCAGGGGUCUCUGGGUUUAAAGCUCUCUACAACCACUUGAGCUCAUUUUCCCUGUGACUUGGCUGGGUACGACUUCUUCCUCUGCCCAAGCUGUUAAAAACCUAAAACUUUACUCUUUGGAAUUCUUUCAGUUGUGUGACAGCUACAACCUAUCGUUUAGCAAAAAUGGAAGCUAUCAAGAAAAAGAUGCAGAUGUUGAAGUUAGACAAGGAGAAUGCCAUUGACAGAGCAGAGCAGGCUGAGACAGAUAAGAAGGCAGCUGAGGACAAAUGCAAACAGGUAGAGGAUGAGCUGGUAGCUCUGCAGAAAAAGUUGAAAGGAACUGAAGACGAGCUGGAUAAGUACUCGGAGGCUCUCAAAGAUGCCCAGGAAAAACUAGAGCAGGCUGAAAAGAAGGCCACUGAUGCUGAAGGCGAGGUGGCAGCUCUGAACAGACGUAUCCAGCUAGUGGAAGAAGAGUUGGACCGUGCCCAGGAGCGGCUGGCCACAGCCUUGCAGAAACUGGAGGAGGCGGAGAAAGCAGCAGAUGAGAGCGAGAGAGGAAUGAAGGUUAUUGAGAACAGAGCAAUGAAAGAUGAAGAGAAAAUGGAAAUUCAAGAAAUGCAACUGAAGGAGGCCAAGCAUAUUGCUGAAGAAGCUGACCGCAAAUACGAGGAGGUUGCCCGUAAACUGGUUAUUUUGGAGGGUGAACUGGAAAGAGCUGAAGAGCGUGCAGAGGUGUCCGAAGUUAAAUGUAGCGACCUUGAAGAGGAGUUAAAGAAUGUCACUAACAACCUGAAGUCUCUGGAAGCUCAAUCUGAAAAGUACUCAGAGAAGGAAGAUAAAUACGAAGAAGAAAUCAAGAUUCUCUCUGACAAGCUUAAAGAAGCUGAAACUCGUGCUGAAUUUGCAGAGAGAACUGUUGCCAAACUGGAAAAGUCUAUUGAUGACCUGGAAGAAAAACUUGCUCAAGCAAAAGAGGAGAACUUGGGGCUGCAUCAGACACUGGACCAGACACUAAACGAACUGAACUGUAUAUGAAAUGGCGAAGAAAUCCCUGCGGCCAACAGAAACCGAAACUCUUCUCUGCAUUUAACAUAUCGGUCCUCUCUCUCUCUCUCUGUAUCCUGGAAAAACCAUUAAGUUAUGAACAGUCCAGACAUAUGCGGGGCUUUGGGUGUAGCUUGAAGGCAGUCUCCCACCACUGAUGCCCGCAGUGUGGCCCUGAGCCCCUCCAGUGCGUGCUCCUGGAGGCAGUGGCCGCCAACACUCGUGCAGCACGCAGGGGAGCACGAGCUGCACCGGGGCCACGUGAUCCCCCUUGUUUUCCAUUUCUGCAGGUUAUUGGUAGCAGCUGUAGCUUUUUUCACAGUUGAUUAGUCAUUUUUAUAUAAGCCCCAGUAGAAGCUGUACUCGAGCAGUAGUGUCACCCUCUGCGGUGCGCCUGUUACUGAUGUUUCAUAUUAAACAAUUGCUCACAGUA